AUAAAAAAUUGUAACAGAUUAUGCCAGUUUGGGAUCUUUUGACCUUAAGCAAAAGAAACUUGCCAAUAACCCCAAAUCCCACAGCUGAGAAUUGCGAACCCAACAGAUCCAGAUUUCCCAGAUUAACCCUAAAUCCACCCGUCUCUGUUAGCUAGUUCCUUUCUUCGGCCGGUGGCCCAAAUCCUCUGCGUUUCGAAUCAGAGUUAUACUCAAAGGACAAGCCAAGCCCCCGAAACAAUGCCAUUCAAAACAAUGAUAGAGGUUGAACCACCGAGUCCGUUAAGAUAUAUCAUCGGAGCAGCGGUCAUGAUGAUCGGAGUUGUAUUGCCCGUCGGAUACAUGAUGUUCCGUAACAAACGUGUCCCUUCCUCUUCUUCUUAUUCCAAACAGACGUAGGAACAAAGUUUUAAUAUAGAGAUUUUGGUGGAAGAGAGACUUGUCUUUCCGCGAAAUUGGUGAUUUAAAUUUGAAGAAAGAUGAGGGAAGCAUUGAAAGAAGGCCUUGAAUGGCCUGCAGAUACCAAAAAUGUAAAUGAAUUAUAAAACCCUCGGUUCUAUUUUGUGAUAGUUGUGUGGGUAUUAAUUGAAUUUUAUAAAAGAUGAAAUCUGUUGGUUUGUUCAAUUUAUGGGCUUUGAUUAGUUUAACUAUUUAGCACCAUAAUAUAUCAAUUCUAUGAUAUUGGUUGUUUUACUACUAA